CCUCAGCAAAACAGAUUGAAAGGGGCUGAGAAGAUUUUAAAUAGAGAGCCCAGAGAGCAGGAGGCGAUCAGAUCUCUUUGCGAACAGAGCAAAGAGGAGGGAGAAGACAAGAGGGACUCGCAUUGCAGAGCAACUGCUGUGACAUGAAAGAGAGAGCGUGAAGAGAAGGGGGAAAGACAAGGACUGAACCAUUUUUUCCAGCAUCAUGAAAAUAAUUGCACAAAUCUUGUGUUUUUCUCUGUUAAUAACAUUGUAUAAGUGUGCUGUUAUCACAGGGGCUUGUGAAAGGGACCUCCAAUGUGGAGGUGGGACAUGCUGCGCCAUCAGCCUGUGGCUCCGUGGACUCCGAAUGUGUACUCCAUUAGGGCAAGAAGGGGACGAAUGCCACCCCAUCAGUCAUAAGGUUCCUUUCUUUGGGAAACGACAACAUCACACCUGCCCAUGUUUGCCGAACUACAUAUGUGCCAAAUUCAUUGAUGGUCGGUACCGAUGCUCAGUAGACUUCAAAAACAUGGAUUUAAUGAAAUGAAAAUUCAAUUUAAUGACAAGGAAAGAGUUUCAUGAUUGUUUCUGUCCAGAGAUCAUUAUAGUUCACUUUGAAUACUUAUUGUCUUCAACAUCCUGUGAGGACAAUUAGGCAUCCAUCUACGCAAGCUUUGUCCAUUAACAUAAAUGGGAUUUAGCAGUACCAGUUAGUGACACAUCAAUGCAUAAGAGCUGUGCUUUUAAGCAAAUCAAAGAAGAUGUCAGGAAUGUUAAUAGAAGUGAUGUCUUGAGUAUUAAAAAUAACUCUUGGUGUAAGCUGUGUCUGCUUUUAUGCUUUAGGAACUUUUUGUGUAUUUGUUUCUCUUUUGAACAAAUGUCUGUCACCAAGUGUCUGGACAAACAUAUUAAAACAUAAUGUAGCUGUCAACACAACCUCUUACAUCAUAUGUUGCUGCCUGAUGGAUGUGCAGAAUAAUGGACUCACAUAUAAAAUAAUAUAUUCACUUUCCUGCUAUCCCCAUACUUACACAUAUCAAACUGUCUAGCACAGGCUUGGGCAAACUUUGGCCCUCCAAGUGUUUUGGACUUCAACUCCCAACUUCAAUAGCUGGUAGGCUGUUAAGAAAUGUGGGAGUUGAAGUCCAAAACACCCGGAGAACCAAAGUUUGCCCAUGCCUGGUCUAGCACCAACUUCCCUAUUUAUAGAAGAGGGAGGUAUAGUACUUAGGUACCCCUAAUCAAUGAGGUUGCCACGUGAUAUUGAUUUUUUUAUCUCUGUGUCCAGUGUCUUUUUACAUGUUUCAUUUGACCCCCAAAAUUACAUGGCUCCAUGAUAUCUGGAUGUCAAGAAAAAGAGGAAACCAUUCUAGCACUGACUUCAUUUACCUGAGGAAUUUAUUGGGGCGGAAUAUCAGGAUCCAUCACCGAACAUUACUCAAGUUGCUCUUGACACAAAAAACAAACAACAAAAAACUGUAUAUUGGAAAUGCUGUGUACAAUGCAAUUAUAGGAUCCUGCCACUAGAUGGCAGCAGAAACACAAGGGCAGCCACUUCAAGCAGAGGGAUGGUGUCAAUUGUGCCAAUUUCACACAUUUUAUUUUAUGUAUUUACCUUAUUUCUACCCAGCCUUUCUCUACCCCGAAGGGGAAUCAAGGUGGCUUACCAUUACCAUUAGAUGCCUUAAAAUACAUACACACAGAGACUUAAAAUCAAUUAAAUUUAAAAGUAAUACAUAUUAAACAUUUAAAACAUUACAUUCAAUACUAAAAUCACAUCAUCCGAACACAUUGUAGUUUUGUAUGGAAAAAAAGGAUUUUGGGCCUGGGAAACAUUCUUGGUGCAGAAAAUAAUAUGUUCUGUGCAGAAAAUGCGGGUUUCAAAGAAAAAAAAUAUUAAUUUACUGCAGAAUGAGACUAAAUGUAAUCAUAUUUUCUCACAGAAAAUAGCAUUAUUGGCACAGAAAAUAGUAUUUCUAUGCAUCAAUGCUAUUUUCUGUGCAUAAAAAGUUGUUUUGGUCAAAGAAAAUGAUAGUCUGAACAAAAAGGCCACAAACACAUUGGGUAUUGAAUCAAUCCUAAAAUGCAAGUCUUCUUUGGAAAUUAUGUAAGUUCUGAAGAUUUUGUCACCACAGUAGGAAAAUUGCUAAGUUUUUUUUCAUGUCAGGAGCAACUUGAGAAAUUGCAAGUCGUUUCUGGUGUGAGAGAAUUGGCUGUCUGCAAGGAUGUUGCCCAGGGGACGCCCAGGUGUUUGAUGUUCUACCAUCCUUGUGGGUGGCUUUUCUCAUGUCCCCGCAUGGGGAGCUAGAGCUGACAGAGGGAGCUCACCCAUUCUCCUCAGAUUCGAACCGCCAACCUGUCAGUCAGUAGUCCUGCCAGCACAAAGGUUAACCCCCCCCCCUCCAAAAAAAACCACUCCUGCAUUAGUCCUAUGUAGUGGAUGGCUUCAGAGAAGGCAGCAUUUUGUGCACAAACAUAUUAACAUCACUGUCUAUUAUAAUGGUUCAGCAGUCAAGCAGCAUUCCUUGUGGUUCUGCUUCUACUGUGAGAUAGCCUUUAGGAAAGUAGUCAGGUUGCCCUUCCAUGGAAGCCAAGAUUAAAAUAUAAAGGCACCUUCACUUAUCAUUCUGCAUCCAUGGAUGCUAUUAAACUUCUAAUAUGGUCCUGCAUUUUUAGAAUCUUGUUAACCAUUAGCCUCACCCAUUUUGCUCUGUGUGUACGUGUACGCACACACAUGGUAUUCUUGAUCCAGUUGAAUGUUUAUGGGGAACCUUAAAACAAAAAGACAGCCCUUUUCCAAACAAGGACCACUCACUGUCCAGGGAAGGAAAGGGGAGAAGAAGUAGUAAGUUUUCUGAUUGCUAGAAAGGCCAGAUCUUCACCAUUCUGUGCAGCCAGUUCUGGUGGAAACAAGAAGCUUCAUCUGCUUGAUCCAGUUUGAAAGUGUCUGUGUAUGUCCAAAGCAUAGAGGACUUCUUGCUCGAGAUAUGUAUGCCUAAUGUGUAGUAUCAAGUACAUUGCUUUCAAUGUGAACUGACACUCAGAAUUAUUGAGCUUGAAUAUAUAUUGUAUCACAGUUUGGAAUAUUUCUCUGUAAUAUGCAGGUAUGUUUCCUUUACUAUUGUACAUGUGUCAUAUUGCAAUGUUAUUUUUUAAUGAAUCAUAAAAUUACCUAUCUAUUACUGAA